AUGUAUGUAUUUAUUAGCUUAUUAACAACUGCACAAGCAAAGCAGCAGUUACGAUUAACAGACUAUAUACCCUCGACAAAAGCUAAUAUAACUGUUAACUUCGGUUCAUUACGACUAAAAUACGCGCCAACAUUAUUCCAGAUCACAAAUUCUAUGCAAGCGCAACAAAUAAAUCUUCGUAACAUUCUAUCAACACAUUCAUUCUCACAUUUCCUUCACCAGAGUACAUUUCGUGCUAACACAGCCAUUCAAAUUUCAAAAUCUAGAUUUGCUGACUAUUUAAAGUCACCGAUAUCAAUUAAUUCAGCCGAUAAUCUGUAUUUAUCAAACACUGAAUAUAAGGAUUAUAACCCAAGUUCAACAGUUCUUCCGAUGUCUAGAUCUAAAAACGCAUACACAAAUGCAUCAAUUACAUACUGCUCCUUUGUCAGAUGCACAGCUCCAAGAACCAUACAAAACUCACAUUAUUAUGGCGGCGAUAUAUGCGGUGGCGCUGUUUAUAUUGAUGCAGCUUCCUACGUUUCUGUUUCUGUUUGCCAAUUUGUUGAUUGCGCAGCCACUAGUAUUGGCGGAUCCAUUUACUGCAAUGAUAUCUCUGGAACAAUUACUUUAACAGAAUGUAAAUUUUAUAAUUCAUCUGCUUUAAUUGGAGCAGCAAUUGGUAUCAUUAAUAGUCAAACAGGUCUAGUUGGAGAAUGCCAUAUAUCUUUUAACCUCUUUGAAGGUUGCAAAGCACUCGUUAUUCAAAGCUCAGAAAUAAUGGCCAACAACUACAAAUCUAUUGUUCACAUUUACCACUUAUCAAAAUUCUCAAUAACAAAUAGCGGAUUUACUCAAAAUGGACCAAGUGCCUCAAAUACUACUUUAUCUUUAUAUGGAGAACUAUCUCUUUAUGGAGGAGUAUGCUCUGCAAGUAAUUUAUGCUUUUACGACAGAAAUUCAUACACUUUAAAGACUAAUACUUUGAUUUAUUAUUAUUCAAAAAUAGCCGGCACAAAUGACCUCACAUACUCAUCAUUAUCAAUAAAUACUAUUGAUUCCAGCAAUUAUUUAGUAAUUAAGAACAUUAAGGUUCAAACACUUAUUCAAGUAUCAGAAGCUGGAACAAACUGUCAACUUAGCGCAGUUAAUACUCCUGUUCCAACAAUACUACCAACAAGGACUCCUAAGACUCCAACGCCAUCCGCUCCUAUUCCAGAACAAACGCCUACACCAAUAAUUAUUACACCAGAUCCAUCUGCAACCACACCACCACCAACAGAGGCAACUAACAACGCCAAGGCAACAUUGUCCAAGAAAGCCAAACUUGGAAUCGGAAUCGGAAUUCCGGCCUUCAUAUUGUUAAUAGUCCUUAUUAUUCUCAUCAUUUGGUGCGUCACUAGAGACACAAGAACUGCUUUCAAGCCAAAUGAAGAAGAAGUUGACGACGAAUUAGCUUUCAAGAAUGUUUAA